AUGGUCAACGAGCGAGCGCCCCCCAAGGGCCCAGCACGCCCGCUCCAUCACAGCCGAGAGGCCCAGCCCAGCGCCAGCCGCCCCGACAGGCCCGCCUCGUCAGACUUUGACCCCGAUGCCUUGACCGCCCGCUUCGACGCCCUGCGCGUCACACACGGCGCCUCCCCAACCGCCCCGCAGCAGCAGCCCUCGCCAGCCGCCAACUCGGCCGCCAAGAGGGCGGAAAAGACAGGCCCGCCGCCCGUCAGGGCGCCGCCUCCGCCAGCCAGGGCGCCGCGCGACAAGCCCGCCGACAGCGACGACGCCCUGAGCGCCUUCUUCUCCGACCGCCGCGACCCCUUCGGCGCGCCCUCGGCGCAGGGCCGCGGCCACACCUUUGGCCACCCCACCAAGAUGAUGUCGUCCCUCAAGCAAAAGGCCCACGGCAUCUUCAACGAGCGCAGGGCCCGCCCCGAACACCACAGGGAGGACAAGCACAGGAUCAACGUCCCCUCGGUGCCCAUCUACCAGGACCGCAAACCGGAACCCCUCAACCUCUUCCGCUCCAUCGGGCCCGACGCCCACCCCGCCACGUACAAGGGGCCCGGCGGCGGGAGCUUUGGCGAGCCCGACUUCUACACCGACCCCACCAAGGCCACGUCGGACCUCAAGGCGCUGCUGGAAGGCGGCAUGGACGAGGACGAGGACGAGGACGGGGGCCCAGAAGAGAAGAAGCAGAACAAGCCAGGAGACGACAAGGACGGCAAGGACAGCAAGGACGGCAAGGACAGCAAAGACGGCAAGGACGGCGCCCUCGAGGGUCUCCGGGUCAAGCUGCUGCCCCACCAGGUCGAGGGCGUCGAGUGGAUGAAGGGCCGCGAGCUCGGUCCCGUCAAGAAGGGACGCGUGCCCAAGGGCGGCAUCCUCGCCGACGACAUGGGCCUCGGCAAGACGCUGCAGACCAUCGCCCUCAUCCUGAGCAACCAGAAGCCGCCCAAAGACGACAAGGAGAAGGGCUGGAAGAAGCACUUGGAAGGCGUCGAGAGGACGACGCUCGUCGUCGCGCCCCUGGCCUUGAUCCGCCAGUGGGAGGCCGAGAUCAAGGACAAGGUCGAGCGGUCCCACGGUCUCAAGGUGUGCGUGCACCACGGCCCGCAGCGGACCAAGCGCUUCCAGGACCUCGCCAUGUACGACGUCGUCGUCACCACCUACCAGAUCCUCGUCUCCGAGCACGGCCACUCGUCUGAUGCCGAGACCGGCGUCAAGGCCGGCUGCUUCGGGCUGCACUGGUGGCGUGUCGUCCUCGACGAGGCCCACACCAUCAAGAACCGCAAUGCCAAAUCCACAAAGGCCUGCUAUGCGCUUCGCGCCGAGUACAGGUGGUGUCUGUCGGGCACGCCGAUGCAGAACAACCUGGAGGAGCUGCAGUCCCUCAUCAAAUUCCUGCGCAUCCGGCCCUACGACGACCUCGCCGAGUGGAAGGACCAGAUCGAAAAGCCGCUGAAGAACGGCAAGGGGCACAUCGCCAUCCGCAGACUGCACAGCCUGCUCCGGUGCUUCAUGAAGCGACGCACAAAAGACAUCCUCAAGGUCGACGGUGCCCUGAACCCCGGCGGCCAGCCCACCAAGGAGGGCGAGGAGUCGAGCACGGGCUUCAAGGUCACCGAGCGCAAGGUCGUCACGGUCGCCAGCAAGCUCUCGCCCGCCGAGCGCCGCUUCUACGACCGGCUCGAGGCCCGCACCGACGAGAGCCUCGAGCGCAUGCAGGGCAACAUGAACUAUGCCAACGCCUUGGUGCUGCUGCUCCGCCUGCGCCAGGCCUGCAACCACCCCAAGCUGGUGGCGGGCAAGCUCGACAAGGACAAGGACGCUCUGUCGUCGGGGGACGCCUCGCAGAAGAACAACACGGGCGCCGACGUGGACUCGCUCGCCGACAUGUUCGGCGGCAUGGGCAUCGUGGCCAAGACGUGCGGCAUUUGCGGCCGCGACCUCCCGCGUGACGCGCACAAGACGGACCAGGACACGUGCCAGGAGUGUCUCGACGAUCUGGCCUACUUUAACGAGAACGAGACGGCCAAGGACAAGAAGCCCAAGAGCAGAAAGGGCAAGGUCAAGAAGAAUGUCGAGACGGUCAAGAUUGCGUCACCGGUCAAGACGAAAUCGCGAAGGCCAAGGAACCGUCGCACUGUGAUCGACAGCGAUGAUGAUGAUGAAGAAGAAGGAGAAGAAGAGGGCAGCUGGCUCGUCCCUGAGGAUCAGCGAGGCCAACUGCGACUCGGCAAAGCUGGCGGCAAGAAGGAUGAGAAUUGCGAGGGCGGCGGCGAGUGGCUGGGCACCGAAGACUCGUUGCACGAGUCGUCCCGGGCAGACGAGAGCACGCAGCUGGACAGCUUCAUCGUCGACGACGAAAAGCGAGCGGUCAAGGCCGAGGCAGGUUCUGACUCUGAAUCAGACGACAGCUUUGCGUCCGUGGCAGAAAUUGCCUCCCAGGUCCGCGCCGAGAAGGAGGAGCGAACAUCACAAUCGGCAGCAUCCAGCUCGGACGACGCCGACUCGCAGACGUCUUCGGACGAAGACACAGGCAUUGACGAAUCCGAACUGCAGUCAGACGACGACGCGCGCGACCGGCCCGGCGGCCAGGCGACCCAGAUUCUCGCCUCGGCCAAGAUUCGACAAAUGAUGCAGAUCCUGCACAAGGAGGUGCACGAACACAAGUUUAUCAUCUUCUCGCAGUUCACGUCCAUGAUGGACCUCAUCGAGCCCUUCUUCCGCAAGGACGGGCUCAAGUUUACGCGCUACGACGGCGGCAUGAAGAACGACGAGCGCGAGGCGAGCCUCGACCGGCUCAGGAACGACAAGAAGACGCGCAUCCUGCUGUGCAGUCUCAAGUGUGGCAGUCUGGGCCUGAACCUCACGGCCGCGACGCGCGUCAUCAUUGUCGAGCCGUUCUGGAACCCGGUGCGUGCCCCCUCCCUUUGCAGCAGACAGAACAUGGCGGGCGAGUUGCUAACAGAGUGGCAGUUUGUCGAGGAGCAGGCCAUUGACCGCGUCCACCGCCUGACACAGACCAUCGACGUCGUCGUCUACCGCCUCAUCGUCGAGGCGACGGUCGAGGACCGCAUCCUCGCGCUGCAGGAGAAGAAGCGCCUGCUCGCCCAGACGGCCAUCGAGGGCGGCAUGAAGAAGGACGUCAUGAAGUUUGGCCUCCGCGAGAUGCUCGACCUGUUCCGCAGGGACAACCACGCCGCCGACGCCGCCGCCGCCGCCGCGCACGACGUCUCCGUCGCGAGCAGCCGCCGCGAGAGCGUCGAGCCCGAGUCCGAGGGCCGGAGGACCCUCGCGGCGGCCAGGAAGCAGAGGGCGACGCCGGAGCACGAGGUCUACGGACGGCGGUGGUAG